CACACUUGGUUUAUCUAUCUGGCGGGAUUUUUAUUCGCCGACUCCAAAAGUACGCAUCGUUAACUUCAGCCUCUCCCCGAAUCUUACCGCCGCCGCCGCCAACGGCAACCGUUCUUCUGUAGAGGCGCCGCUCACGGCCAACUGCAACCUUUCUUUAGCUUUCGACAACGACCAAUUUAGCGGAGGUGAUUAUAAUAAGGUAGAUCAGUACGAUGAGAUCGAGGUAUUGGUGGUCUGGGCCGGCCGGAACGAGACGUUCAUGCGGGCCCACCCCGGAAGCUUCUGGCAGAAAUAUUAUGAGCAAAAGUCGGUGGUGGCGGCGGCCAACGAUUCUGUUGUGCCGCCGGAUCUGGAAUCGGCAGUAGUUUACACGUUCACGGUUGAAGUGAAAAGUAGGGUUAAGGAGGACCCCAUGACCAUGGAUGAGGAGACGUUUUACAUAAAGACAACCUGCGACAAUGUGCGGGUUGGAUUUGGGUCAACGGAAGGCGUUGACCGGAUUGCGAACAUGCUAGAUGGACCACUGAAGUGUAAGGUUGUGAAGUCGAAGUCUAGUUUCAAUUUAUGAUCAGGGGUACCUUUCAUAUCUGUUUUAUGCACAACGUAAUAAGGCAUGAUUUUGUCAAAAGUACUACUCCGGCCGUAUUUGCAUUCUUAUGACUUAAACUAGAUUUUUCACCCGUGCGUUGCACCAGAUAAAUUUUCUAAUAAUGGCAUUAUCAAAUAUUAGAAUAUAUAUGCAUUUAACAUU